ACAAGAUAUCCCGCAUGAUGGCACACCGGUACGCGGGGCCGCGGCUGCAGGACGCGACCGGUAUCGCCGCCUGGACGACGCAGUUCCUGGACGAAGCAGCAGCGGUUGGCCUCGACAAGUACUUCACCGUCGACGAGUACGCCGACGCGGCAAGCGCAGCGCUGCGUGUGUCGACAGCCAAGCGUCACCUCAUUGUGAGCAAGGCCGAGGCCAUGGAGCCCGAGGUGCCAUACAAUGGUCUCUCGCCGUCCGAGCACAGGCGCGCAACUCAAGCGCGACAAACCCGCGUCCAGGACCGCGUCGCAGCGGCAUUGGCCAAGGAGGCACUCGCGAUCGGUGCGCGCGACCGGCGGGCUGCUGAGCGCUACCUGCUCUCCGCCGUCGACCCGUGCUGGCACGCGACGCUCGCGGCCGAGUGCGGUCCGUACGCCAAGUGGAAGCGCCUACUCGCGACGCCUAGCACACCUUUGCCGCAUAUUCCGGCGCUCCUCGACGCCAUGAGCAUCACGAUCCACAGCGACGAGGACUGGGCCACCUUCGCCCGCCGCUUGGACGGUCCCGCGAAUACGUACGUCGACAGCAUCGUCGCCAUGGGCGUCGCAGCUGCCCAAGGCGAUACAAACGCCAUUGUGUACAGCCACAGCGUCGGCGAGAAGCUUCGAUGCAUGCUGUUGGCGCAUGCGAUGCCCCCCGGGAUGCUGGACGAUUCCUACCGCAACGAAGCGCAGUGGAGCUACGAGGCUUUCCAGGAGGAUUUACAAACACAGUGGGCGCGCCGUACCGAGACGCACCUCGAAGAAGACCAGGAAAUGCUUCUGGACGGCGGCGGCGCCUCGUACUCGACCGACGACGCCGAUGGCCAAGAUGCGACCACCGCCGUCACACUCCACAACACGGAGGAUGAGCCCAUGUCGCAUGAUGCAGCGUCGUCACCGACCCACCGACGCGCCAAGGAGCGGAAGAAGAAGAGCAAGUUGAAGCUGUACUGUGCGUACUGCCACUCCAAGAAGCACUCGGACGCUUCCUGCUUCCACCUCGCGAUAGCGUACCGCGACAAGAUCGUGCGCGAGGGGUAUACGCGUCCACGCGGUGUGCCGAUCCCGCUGCUGUCGGACGACCUCGUCGAGAGCAAGCGACGCUUCUGCACCUACUGCCACAGCACCAAGCACAGCGACAGCGUCUGCCUCCAGCUCGUCGACGACGUGCGCAGCGGCAGUGUCCGAUCUGGGUACGCGGACCCGGAUGGCCAGCUCAUGCCGACGCCGGCACGCGUCAAGACUGACGACGAGAGCAAGAAGACACCCAAGCCGUUGGACACCAUUGUGCCCAAGCUGGAGCUUCUCGCUAGUUCACUACCAUCAACUGCUCCGGACGACAGCAUCCAAGUCAUGGAGCCAAACGAAGACAACCAUGAUGCAGCGACGAUGGACGAAGACGAUGACGAAGAGGAUGAAGAUGACGACGUUGUCAUCACGCAUGUACAAGAAGCGAGGUCCUCCCUCUUCCAGCAUACUAGAUGUAUGCUGCUCACAGACGGUAUGGUAGAAACAACAAAUGGAGUGCGGCCGAGUGUCACCAUCUCGUUGCGCUCGUGAUCGAGCUCGGCUCGGCGUGGGGCGCUGUCGUCUCACGAGGCAUCGCCGAGAAGACGCUGCUGCCGUCACGGACCCCGUACGGCGCCAAGAACCAGUAUGCAAGGCUCGUCGAGCGCGGCUUUGCCCAGAAGGCGGUCCGCAGCGCGAUGUUUACGCCGGCGGAACUUGCCUUUCUGCGCACCACGUAUGCCAAGUACGGCAACCGAUUCGGCGCCAUUUUCAGCGAAGGCCAAGCGCAGGGCUUCUUCGUAUCGCGCACCGUCACCGACAUCAAGGAAAAGGUCUACCGCAAACGAGCCGCGUGGGCCACCGCCGCCACGUCCUCUAAGUACUCAUAGUACGAGCCACUUUGACAUACUCGGGCAAGUGACGUGCAUGACGCGCGCCACGUGUGCGGCGUGCAAACCUCUAUAAGUUUAUAUUGGAAAUUAAUUGCUAGAGGUGGCAGGCUGAC